UUUACUACCAGUGAGUGGAGUUUGUAGACAGUAGUAGAAAGGGAAAGAGGGUUGAUAGAAGAGAAGGGUUUAGGAUUUUGCACAACUCACUCAUGGAGGAGGAAGAAGCCCCAGACGUUAUAUGCGAGCUGGAAAACGUUCAAGGCUUAGUGGACGCCCUCACCGCCGUUCGGUGGAAGCGCCAGCAGGACGCCGUGUUGGAGUUGUCCGAACACGGCAUUGUUUUGAUCGUCGAAGAAAGCGGUUGCCUCCAAGCCAAGGUUUAUCUCAAACGAGAGUUAUUCAUUCGUUACGAUUACAACGCACGAGGAGGACGACCUCGUUUUGGAGUGAGUUUGGGGCAUUUCGUAGAUUGCUUGAACGCCUUCUCGGUUCCUGCUGGUCAAUCAAUAUCAAGCCUUGUUCAGAUUCAAUAUCCGGGUCCUGACAUGCAGCUUCUUCUCAAAUCUGUAGAUUCGCUGGAUGCCAGUAUUUGUGCAGAGAUCAGGACAAGGAUUCCAGAUACAAUUGCAUGGGACUACAAUUUUGAACCUGCAGGGGCAAACCCUUUAACCUUUACUGUUAAAUCUGCAGCUCUGAAGGAAGCUAUUGAGGAUCUUGAAUGGCCUGGAUCAAGCAUCAAGAUUACUCUAGAGCCAGAUCCUCCUUCUGUUUCAUUAAGAGCUGAAGGACAUGGAGACUUGCAGAUAGACUUCAUGUAUUAUGUGAAUUCCGAACUCCUGGUGGCAUUUCAGUGUGAUCAUCAAGCUUCUUUCAAGUACAAAUAUAAGUUCCUCAGAGCAACAACUUCUAAUAUGCCUAGCAGUGUUAUUAAAGAAAAUAGAGGAAGUAAGUUAAGCAUUGGGAGAGGUGGAAUGUUAAAAGUCCAGCAUCUGGUUUCAAUUGCCAAACCAUCUGUGUCACACCCAUAUGCUGAUUCGGUUGGCUAUCAGCAACCAAGUAGAAUAGCUCAUAUUGAAUUCUUUGUGAAACCAGAGGAAAGUGAGGACUGAGUGAAUGAUUAUUAGUUACUAUAAAGACUCCGUCAAGUUUUGCUAUGCAAACCAUUAACUUCGCAAAAGAAUUACAAAAUGGUUUGUAUUCAGAAUGUUGAUCAAAGAGGUAUUUUGCAGAAAAAUCCUCGUUUAAUCUGAGUUUUAGACGGAACAAGCUUGGUAAGGCCACUGAAACUUAAAACAGAAUCGUAGCAAUGUUGCUCAGAUUUUGAAAUUUUUGAUGCAUAGUUCAGGAUUAUUUUAUCCCAAUAACCCUUUUGACUUUUUUAUCUGAAUGAUUAUUCCCUUUCCAAAUCAUA